GGCUCAUCUCCCUUUCGGCCCCUGCAUAUGCCCCCCCCUCAGGUGAUCCCGAUUGACCGAUCUUUGUCUGGUCCUUUAGGUUGCACUCCGAUGACAUGGCGAGCCUAGACUCCGCCUUUCAGAAGAGCUUUGCGAGGGAGACAUGGACCCUCUAUGGCGUUGGAGUACUGGGUGCGGUGCUACGAUUCGCAGCACGAAUACGCCGCUUGGGUAUCCAGAACCUCCAAUCAGAUGACUACCUAAUGUUGUUCUCUGUUAUCUGGUAUACACUUCUAUGUGUCGCGCUUAACGAAGUCGCCUCCAUAGGAGGUUCAAACUUGAUGGGUGAGAAGGACAUAGAGAACUUAACACCAACCGUCAAAGCAGAUCGUAUACGGGGAAGCAAAUGGGUCUUUGUAUCAGAACAUUCCUUUCUUCUUGCGAUCUACGGGAUGAAGGCAUGCAUGCUGGUGAUAUAUGCCCGUAUCACGGAGGGUUUACGCCAACGGAAAUGGGUGACUUACCUCGCCGUAUAUGUCGGUCUGGGCUUCAUUGGCAAUGAGAUGUCUCUAUUUCUCAUCUGCCGGCCGUUAUCAAAUUACUGGGCUGUUCCGACACCCUAUGAACAAUGCUCAACCUAUCAAUAUUAUGAAAUUAUUCAAGGUUGCCUGUCGAUAUCUGCCGAUGUCUUCAUGCUCCUCAUUGGACUCCCACUCAUGGUCCAAGUACGGGUGCCUCUCAAGCAGAAGCUGAUCCUCCUGAUACUAUUUGGCAUGGGGAUCUUCGUCAUUGUCGCAGCCCUCCUGAACAAACUUUAUUGUCUCGUCCCCUCCCUCAUUUCAUAUGUUUACAUGAACUGGUACUUCCGGGAAGCAACGGUAGCAAUCCUGGUCACCAACCUGCCUCUCGUUUGGUCGCUUCUUCGUGAUGUGUUUCCUGCGCUCAAAAGCUGGACCGGCGGUUCUCGACGAGGAACAACCGAGCGGUAUCGGACUGGUCCCUGGACGAGUAAGGGAUCUGCACUCCGCAAGUACGGCCCUCAUAGCCAGCUACAUUCUGGAGAAUACAGCAUGCAGACUUACAACCAAAGUACCGUCACUGCGCCACCGAAAACCAUCUCGGAUGUCAGCCUGGAGCCGAGCGACGAUCGCGAGCCCAGUGAGGAUGGCUCCGAACGGGCCCUCAGAAUCCGCCAGGAUGUGACGGUUACGGUGGAGCGUGAGGCGUGUCCAGCGCAGUAUUGGGAGACUGGCACGUCUCAAACUUCAGGAAAUCGCCUCCCCGAACCAUGAAGGACACGACCGUUUCAUUAUUUUCACAUUUCGAUCAUUUCUAUCAUCUAUUGAUACCUGUAUAGGAUUAUCUGGGUUUUCCUUUCCCCCUUUCUGACCACACUCUUUUGAUCGCUCUCCAGUUUCCCUUUUUUUCACGGCACUUUCGUUUAUGGGAUGAUCUGAUAGCGAUGCCUGCUUGGCUAUUGUAUAUAACUUGCUCGGCACCCCAUCGCUCGGCCUCCAUGUUUCCACUGAUCAUCCGCAUGUGGGGGACCUAAGAUCCGAAAGGGUAUCCAUUACGACCAUGGGUUGGAGAAUGGUGAUAUCGGCUUCUAGCGAAAAGGAUAGACAAAACUUCUUAUGUGAUACACUAAUGCAAAGACAAAAAUUUGGAC